AUGCAUAGUGGUGAGACUAGUGUAGUGUCGCAGAGGCCUUAUUCCUGCCAGGAGAAGGCCUUCACAGACCAUUACCAGGUCUUGAAGGACAUUGGGUAUGGAUUGUUUUGUCAAGUCAAACUAGCUCGCCAUCUGCGCACUGGAGCUGAGGUGGCAGUGAAAGUCCUGCCAAGGAGCAUGUGGAAGACUUUGGUCCUCCCUGAAAUACGGGCAAUGAAGACCCUGAACCACCCGAACGUGAUCCAGCUCUUUCAGGUGAUUGAAACCUGCAAACAGAUCUACAUCGUGAUGGAGUACGGGGUUAGAGGAACUUUAUUUGACCUCAUCCUGCCUGGGGGCAUGCAGGAGAAUGAGGCCAAGAGACUGUUUAGGCAGAUCACGUGUGCGGUGUGCUACUGCCACAAGAUGCACAUCUUGCAUGGAGACCUGAAGCCCGAGAACAUUGUGCUGGAUGCCAAAGGCAACAUCCGAAUCAUCGACUUUGGCUUAAGCACCAUGUUCAAGCCUGGGCAGAAGCUGACCCAGUUUUGGGGCACUCUGGAGUACCAUGCCCCCGAACUUGUGCGCAAGGAAGUACAUGAGGGUCCCCCAGUGGACAGCUGGAGCCUGGGUGUCAUUUUGUAUUUUAUGUUGACUGGACACCGCCCAUUUAAGGCAUCCAGCAAGAAGAGGCUAAGGAAGAAGAUCUUACACCCCAAGGUGAAAUUUCCCCAGCAUGUCUCGGCCGAAGCACAAAGACUCUUGAAGAAAAUCUUGAUAGUGGACCCUAGAGCAAGGCUCUCGGUAGAGGAAAUCUUGGCGGACCCGUGGCUGAAUCAGGAUGAGGAGAGUUUAUCUUACCAUGAUGUGCCCCUCCCCAACUUCUCAGACCCCACAGUACUGACAAUGCUAUUCGACAUGGGGUACGACCCUUACAGUACCUGGGUGUCACUGUCCCAGAAAAAGUUUGAUGAUGUGAUGGCUUCCUAUCUCAUAAUCCAGCAGCAGAUAAGCCAGGGGGCAGGCUGCAUGAAGCCUGGGAGAAGGGAUCCUUCCAUUUUCCCUGCCCUCCCGCAGAGGAGGGCGAGUGAGCCUGCCCUUCACACCUUCCCCCUGCCCUGUGAGCAUCAUCAGUCUCAGGAGGCCAAGGAGUCAGGGCAGAAGGGCUUCAGAAGGGCCAGCUGGCCUGCCAUUAGUCUCUGCUUCCUGCAUGAGAAGCCCCCUACUCCCAGGUUAGCCUCCCAGCAUCACUCUAUGUUCAACUCACCCCAACCCUGGCCAUCAACAGACAGCCAUGUCACCCAAGAUGCCACCACAGGGCGUCCCUGGGGCCACAGGAAGGGCUGGAAGCCGGUGAGGCAGAGGAUCGCUGCCUCCUUUCGCGUACUGUGCUGUAGCACAUCCUCAUGUGUUGGCGAAAACGAGACUCCUACAAGGAGAUUAGAAUCCUAUGUUACUACAGUUCAGAUGGACCAAACGAAGAAACAGCCUGCCAGAGGACCUUUUGCUCUGUGGAUGCUGUCAUCACUAUGUGGGCAUUGGUCAUGUGGACCCCAACAGCUGCAGGACUGA